ACCUUCUUCCCAUCUGCAUACAGCUUCCCUCUUUUACCUCUUCUAUCACUUUCAUCUAUAUCCAUCUCUAUCACCUUUUAUACACAUACAGUGUAUCUAUAUACAGUGUCUCUCACUCUCUACUUCCUCUAGACUUUCAUUUUCACUCCCACCUACUUGCUUAUACUUCAAUGCCUUUCCUUCUGCUUCAUAAUCCCCUUACUCAAUGGACCACUGAAAAAGCCUUCUCACCUUUCUAUUGAGUUGGAUCCAUAUCCCCUCACAAACCCAUUCGAGGAAUAAGGACCAACUAGUCCCUCUGUUCCAGUCUAUAUCGGCUAGUUCCAAGAGCAUAUAUGCGCAUGGACGUGCGUAUAUCCUGUGGACAGAAGGGAGGAUGUCGUAUAAAGAAUACGGCGAUUCGGCUCUGCACUCAAAGGGGUAGACUCGGGAACCACUGCUCGGGAAGUCUGAUGGGUAAUCCGUCUCUUAUGGAUUCUAGUCGUCGGUUCCCUCCGUCACACGGGGUGGGGGUCUAUUUCAUGGAUGAUUAAAGGGAUUUGGAAGAAUAUCGAGCGAAGUUGAUGAUGGGGUAUACAUGAUUUGCACUGCAACCCGAGUAUCGUAUGGGAACACCUGAAACGAAUUGUAUCAUCAGGCUACUAUACCAUCUGAAGACCAGUCACUGUUGACUGCAAGGAGUACGAUCGAUUUAUACUACAAGUGGCUACAUCACCUCUUUUUCGACAUUUCACUUUUGCACCAGAGGGGCACCGUGCUCGAAAAUGGUCACUGGCGACACAUUUUUGUCAAGUGGAAUACUUCUUCCACAGUCAUGACUGAUGCGGUGAACGAGGACGAUGGUCGUGGACAACGAGGAUCCUGACGAGAACUGCCCGAUACACCACAUGUACCCAU